GUUUUUGUGAAAAGGGUGAAUUUCAAAUGCAUUAACCACAUGAGGGACGGGUCUGCACAUUUUUCCCCUCGGGGUAUAUAUGUCGCAUGUCUACACUAUAAUGCAAACCCAACGGAUAAGAUAGAAACAAACCACCGUGUGAGUGAGUGAGUAGAAAUGGGUUCGGCGGCAACAAUGGCGAUGACAGUACUCUGUUUCACCAAAUCAAACAAACUCACUUCUACUUUCCGCACUCUCCCACGCCUCACUUGUUCUUCCCUCUCCAAUUCCCCUUUCAAAUUCAACAUCUCUUUCUCUCCCUCCAACCCCAAACCCAAACCCGAUCCCAAACCCGAACCCGAAAACGACGACGACGGUCCCCUCAUGAUCCCAUGGAUUGUUCGCGGCGAAGAUGGUAACUUCAAACUUUCAUCAGAACCUCCUCCUAGCUUUCUCAAAGACAUGGCAAUCGCCAAAACCGGUACCAAAAAAUCGGACAAAAUUCAAACUACUAAAAUCAAGAAGAAGACUGAAAAGGAAACGAAGGUUCAUGCUGUGGCGCAGCCGCAGUAUUCCAAGGCGGCACGGAGAUUCUACAAUGAAAAUUUUAAAGACUCCGGUGGUGAACGUCUCAGCAAGGUUCUCGCCGCUUCCGGAGUUGCGUCGAGGAGAAGCUGUGAAGAGCUUAUUUUUGAAGGAAAAGUUACGGUUAACGGUUCUGUCUGUAAUACGCCUCAGACUAAAGUGGAUCCCUCAAAGGAUAUUAUCUAUGUCAAUGGGAGCCGCCUUCCUAAGAGGCAGCCUCACAAAGUUUAUUUUGCCUUGAACAAGCCAAAAGGGUACAUAUGCUCAUCUGGGGAAAAGGAGUCUAAAUCUGUUAUAAGUCUAUUUGAUGAUUAUUUGAGCCGUUGGGAUAAAAAGCAUGCAGGAGUACCCCCGCCACGGCUAUUUACUGUAGGGCGCCUUGAUGUUGCUACUACUGGGUUACUUAUUGUGACUAAUGAUGGAGAUUUUGCUCAAAAACUUUCACAUCCGUCAUCUAAUUUUUCAAAAGAAUACAUUGCAACAGUUGAUGGUCUUGUUCAUAAGAGGCACUUAAUGGCCAUAAGCGAGGGAACAACAAUUGAGGGUGUCCAUUGUGUACCUGAUAGUGUGGAGUUACUUCCAAAUAUGCCAAAUGCGCAAAGAGCUCGACUUCGUAUUGUGGUUCAUGAUGGAAGAAAGCAUGAAGUUCGCGAACUUGUUAAAAGUGCUGGACUCGAGAUUUAUUCAUUAAAGCGAGUUCGCAUCGGUGGUUUUAGACUUCCACCAGACCUUGGGCUAGGGAAGUACAUUGAGCUAAAUCCAACGAAUCUGAAAGCAUUGGGAGGAAAAGUUAACAAAGUUGAUUCUUAAUUUGUUGGAGCUGUAAAUCUUCCUCAUGCUUAUUCAUAUUUGGACAAUCUGAAGCUAUAUCAUCAAAGAGUUGACCAAUGCUUUUUUGAUUUGAGCUAUUGGAUUCUGAUGCAUGGAGCGUUACUUGGGAAAGUAUUUGGAAUAGCCAGACUUUCUGGAGCGUUUGACAUCAUGGAACAUUGAGGCCCUCGCGAUCAAUCAUGAAACACAGCUACACAGUUUAGAAGAAUUGGGUUAAGAAUUUAAACUAGAUGGGAAGCGGUAUGAGCUUUUCAUAUGAUCAUGCAUAUUAAAUGUAUGUAUGUAAUGUAAAUGGUGAUGAUGUGCCUGUAUAACCUAAUGAUGUUAGUUUAGGUAACUUAUAGUGUAUACAAGAGGUGUAACGUACAUUUUAUUUUUUAAAUAAAAUUGCAGCAAUAAGCAUGCAAUGCAACCAUCAUCACCAUAUCUUCACUCUCUGUACUGAAGCCAAUGACUCUCCACAUAUUUCCUUGACCGUUCCUCCAACAUUGCAUAUGUGAAUAUGCCAGACAUCCAAUCUAAUCCGGUUGUGUGCUCGAGCUGAUUCGAGCCCAGAAAGUUCAUCUUUGUUGUUGACCGGAGAAUUUUGUAAUAGAUGAAACUAAUCUAAAAUUGUUUAAAAGU